AUGAGCUCUCUAUCGAAUAUAAGUUCAAACAAAAAUGUCCUACUAGAUAACAUACAAAUUUCUAAUCUUUUUAAAAUAUUUGAUACUUUACCCUUUGAGCCAAAAAAUGAAAAUGAAAUAUGGUAUAUAAUAAACAAAGAUUUCAUAGACAAUUUACGAAAUUAUGAAUCUGGGAAAAAUACAUCCUAUGAUAGUUUGAUAAAUAAUAAAAUAUUUAUAGAAAACUGUAAUAGCGAUGUCACUACAAGAACUCGGCUUUUAAAAGAAUAUGAAAAUGGCAAUGGCAUAAGUUUUGUUUUAUAUCCGGAAAAAGCUAUUGAAAUAUUAGAAAAACAUUUCCAGUUUGAUAUAAAAAUACCAAGAUCAGUUUAUCAACAUAAAACGAAAAGAAAAGAUAAAAUAAUUUAUAAAGUGGAUAUCCAACCACUUAAAAUUGUUGUUUAUUCAAAAAAUACAAAUGAGCACUCAAACCCCCCUCAAAUGAAAGUCGUUAUUUUACGUAGCGAUACCAUAGAAAAUGUUCUCAAGGAGAUAAUCAACGAUUUUGAUCAAAAAAAUUUCAAAAAACAUUUAUUUUAUGCGGAAGAUCUCGGGGAAAACAAAGAAAAAAACUGGAACUGCUUAUACAUAAGUAAUAGCAAUGAUUAUCCUUUGGAUAAAAAAGUAUAUGAAUAUGACAUAGAUGAAAUGAGCUGUUUAUUAAUAACUAAUGAAAGGGUUGAUGUAAAAUGCUUAACAUAUGAUAAUGAAUAUAGCGAAUAUAAUAUAACAAGCAAUAAUUUAUCAGGAAGUGUAGAUAAUGAUACACCAAGUAAUCCCAAAUCUAUUAGUUAUAUAUUUGAAAAUGGUGGUGAUAGAGGGUUAAUAAAUUUAGGUAACACAUGUUUUUUAAAUUCAUCUUUACAAUGUUUAUCAAAAAUUUUAAAAUUUACAAAUUAUUUUUUAAGUGGAACAUUUUGGGACCAUAUAAAUUAUUGUAAUCCAGUUGGGCAACAUGGGCGACUAGCUAAAGCAUAUUAUGAAACAUUAUUAGAGAUGUGGAAAAUAAAUAAAAAAGGAAAGCCAUAUGCUCCUAAAGCUUUAAAACAGGCAAUAAGUGAAAAGAGAGAUGAAUUUUAUGGAUAUCAACAACAUGAUUCACAAGAACUUUUAGCAUUUUUAUUAGAUGGGCUUCAUGAAGAUUUAAAUUUAAUUCAAAAAAAACCAUAUUAUGAAGAAAAAUUACAAGGAGGACUUGAUAGACCAGAUAUAGAAGUAGCAGAAGCUUCAUGGAAAAGACAUAAAGAAAUUAAUAAUUCAAUAAUUGUUGAUUUAUUUCAAGGACAAUAUAGAUCAAGAUUACAAUGUCCUCAAUGUAAUAAACUUAGUAUAACCUUUGAUCCAUUUAUGUAUUUAUCAAUUCCAUUACCACCUAAAAAAAAUCAUAGAAUAUGGUUUCAUGUCAUGCUAAGUAGAGAAGUUCAAAUAUCUUUGAGAUUUUCUUCUAUUUUUAGUGGUUCUCAAGAGGUGUUAAAAUUAAAACACUAUUUUAUUAAUAUUAUAAAAAGUUUAAAAAAUAAAAGAAAUUCUAUACUUUUGCAUACCAAAAAUAUUAUAAAAAAUAAUAAAUAUUCUCAUGAAAAUGUAAAUGCUUUUAAUUUUCAUACAAAAUUUAUGGAUGAAACAAAUGAUAGUUAUGAAAUAAGUAAUGAAGGAAGUCCUAGUAACAGUAUGAAUAAUAAAAAUAAUAUAGAUGGUAGUAAUUAUAUGAGAGCUUUAAAAAAUAAAUCAAAAAUAAAAAAUACUUUAAAUGAAGAAGAUAUAAAUAGUAUAUAUGAGAAUAUUUGUCAUAUGUGUAAUAUUAAUACAAUAGAUGAUGUAGAAAUUGGGAAUUUAUUCUUUUUAUAUACAAGAUUUAAAAAUUUAGCAUGUAAUAAUUUUUUUCAAAUUUUAAAUAAUAAUGAUCUUAUAGCAGAACCACAUGCAAGAACAGGAAAAGGUAUUAGUCACAUUUUUGUUUUUAUGGUUCCUCAAAAUUGGCCACAUCUAAUUGAUAAUAAUAAAAAUGGAAAUAAUUAUGAUGAAAGUGGAAAAAUAAGAAAUAGCAAUUUAAAAGAUGAAGAUAUGUAUGUAAAAAAUGAAUCAUCAAAUAGUAAUGAUAAAAAAUAUAAUCAAAAUAAAUCACAUAGUAAUAAGCUAGCCAAAAAAAGAAAAGGUAGUUUAACUUCAUCUUCAAAUCCUUUAAGAAAAGGAGAUAAAUCACAUUUAGAUAAUGAAAUAGGAAAAUCAGAUGAUUUAGAAAAUUCAAAUGAUACUACAAAUGAAGAUACAAAAAAUGGUGUUCAUAAUAAUAGUAAUAUUGAUGAAGGAAAUAGUAUGGAAGAUCCAAAAGUUCCUGAUUUAGAAAAAGAAAGAUUAUUAAAUAGUACCAAUAAUCAUAGCUUAAGUAAUAAAUCUUUAUACUUACUAAUUGUACCUCUAUGUAAAGAUGAACAAUUGCUAUGCAAAAUGAAAAAUAAUGAUUUACCCCUUUUAGUAAAUACUACAUGUAAUAUGACAGCAAAGGAUCUAUAUGAUAAAGUAAAGAGUGCAUAUAAAAAAGUUUCAAAAAGUGAUAACACCAAAACGAAUCAGAACCGAAGUAGAAGCAACAGUGUUAAUAGUCCGUCUUAUGGAAAUGGCUAUGGAGAAAAAAGAUUAAAAAACGGGGAUAGUGAAGUAGGAUAUUAUAAUGAAAAUGAUAAUAAUAAUAAAUUAUAUCAUAAAAAUAAACCUAAUUUUGAUAGUAAUAAAAAAGAUAAUAGUCCCGAUAUUGGAUUGAAUUGUUCUAUUAAUAGUAAUAGUACAAAUGCUGAAGAGAGUUCAAAUUUUUAUGAAAAUAAAAAUCCAAAUGAUAGUUGUGAAAGUUAUUUAGAUAAGAUACAAUUAUAUAUACCUUCUUACAAUUUAAAAGAAAAUUGGGAUGCAAAAGAUAAUUUAGGAUUUUACUUAAAAUAUGAUGAAACAUAUAUAUCAGAUUAUAUUCAAAUUACUGAAGAAAAUAAACUUUUUAUUAUACAUCUAGAUAGUAAUUCAAUAAAGGAAGAGUUAUCUGUUGAUAUUAAAACAUUAACAUUAAUUGAUUUAGAAGAAAAAUAUAGUGUUGAUACAUGUUUAAAAUUAUUUUCUGAAGAAGAACAUUUAGAUGAAGAUAAUACAUGGUAUUGUAGUAAUUGUAAAUUACAUGUACAGGCAUAUAAAAAAUUAGAUUUAUUUCGUAUGCCUAUUGUAUUAAUCUUACAUCUAAAAAGGUUUAAUAAUUCAAAUAGAUGGUUAAGAACUAAAAUAGAUUCAUAUGUUUAUUAUCCUCAUAAAGAAAAUGAAUAUCUUGAUAUGACCCCAUAUAUAUUAGAAGAUGGAUUAAAACAUAUGAAAAGUUUUGAUCCAUCCUAUUUACCUUUAUAUGAAUUAAUAGGAGUUAAUUGCCAUACUGGGGGUUUAGGUGGAGGACAUUAUUUUGCUUAUGUUAAAUUAAAUGGACAAUGGUAUAAUUUUAAUGAUACAUAUGUUACAACAAUUGAAGAAUCUCAAAUUAAUACAAAAAAUGCAUAUCUUUUAUUUUAUCAACUUCAUACUUAUAAAAAUGAAAAAUUUACCGAUAUAGCUCAACAUCGAAAUAUAGCAGAAGAGGAAGCUAUUCGAAUGGCAAAUGCAAGUUACUAUAAUUGA